UUACCCAUAUGCUACGGCGGGCCGCCCUAGGGUUCCCUUUUUCGCUGCGAUAAGGGAAUUAGGGUUUCGGGGGCGGGGGCGAGAGAGAGGCGGGCGGCGACAAUGGUGGAAAAGGCGAGUAAAGGGAGGAAGGAGGAGGUGGUCACGAGGGAGUACACCAUCAAUCUACACAAACGCCUCCAUGGAUGCACUUUCAAGAAGAUGGCCCCCAAUGCUAUCAAGGAAAUUAGGAAGUUUGCACAGAAGGCAAUGGGUACAACAGAUGUGAGGGUUGAUGUGAAGCUUAACAAGCACAUCUGGAGUAGGGGGAUUCGAAGCGUGCCGAGACGUGUGCGUGUGAGAAUCGCUCGCAAAAGGAAUGAAGAGGAGGAUGCCAAAGAGGAGCUCUAUUCACUGGUAACUGUUGCAGAGGUUCCCCCGGAGGGGCUCAAGGGACUGGGAACCAAGGUCGUAGAGGAAGCAGACUAAACUGUCUUCUUUUGUUACUCUCAGGUCAUGGUGGUGAAGAGACAUUAGUUUAAGAUUCUGUAGGGAACUUUGCUUGCAAUUCAGAUAUUUUGAAUCUUCUAUCCUUUUUUUGUCAUAUUUGCUUAAUAUUAUUUUGUGUUAUGUUAUAUUUUGAUGUGUAGAACCAUGAUUUGUUCCUAUAUUUCCUUGUCUGUCAAAGAUUUAGUAGAACUUGAACAUGAUUAUGGGUUAUCCUUCCUCGAUGAA